AUGUCUGAGGCAGGUAAAGUCCUCCACCUGUAUGUGGAGGUGAGGUCUGUGGCUGAGGAUGAGGGGAAGGUAUCAGGUAGAGGAGAUGAAGCUCACCUGACGCUUCAGUGCCCGGAUGUCCUCCCUCACUCCCAAAGAAGCUCUCUGAGCUCUAGUCCAGAUCUGUCUCCGGUCUUUCAGCACCAGAUCAGACCUGGAAGCCACAGCUUAUCCUCCUCAAAGCCCUCAUCUAGACAUUCCGUCAGCUUCCAACUCAGGGAACCUGACGCUACAGGGUCUCCUACCCAGGUCCACCGACAUGAUGUCUUCUAUGACAGGUUUGGUCAGAUAUUCAAGAUCCUCUCACCUGAGACUCAUCCAAGCCGGCCAGACUCACUGGGAUGCAGCCGACCCUCUGAAACAGAUCCCUACAGAAGGAGGGUGCCAAUCUCUCCAUCCUCCACAUACUCUGACAGGCUGACUGUGCCCUCCACUCUCACCAGUCACAGCAGGUCCUCUGAGCUGCCCGGGAUGGAGGACGAAGAGGGGAAGACCUCUGUGGUGACCUUUGGAUACAUAGAGAAAGGAAACGUUCACAGCCGUCGUGCCUCUGUGUGCCAGAGUGAUCUGGACAAUCUUUCGAACAGAUUGGAGGGUCCAGUGUUACCUCCCCAUCUCCGCAAAAGGCUCAGUGACCCAGUGUGGUACAGCUAUCAGCCGCGGCAACCUGAUCCUUACCCUAGUAAACUUUACCCCCCUCAGAGUCUGUCCCCUGGAGUCUCGCCUAGUACCCACAGGUCUAUGGACACAGUAGCGAGGGAUGCAACCCACAGGGCCCUGGAGGAGUUUGGGUCCCCAGAGCUCAGGAGGAGGUUUGCUCAUCACUAUGCUAAGAAUGGCAGCCCGACCCUGCCGAGGCACUACCAGCCUCCCCGAUGCCGGUCCUGGGGGGGAUCCCCAGUCCUGCCCCGCAGUACCUUGACCCUGCCAUCCAAAGCCCAGCUCAUGGAAAUGGACAGGGGGGUCUGCCAUGGGUUGGUAAAUGGAAUACCCAGGAGUCCUGCCUCUGACCACCUCUGUGCCCACACUGGGUACCCCCCCCCCUCAAUCCCUCACUGUCACCGCCGACCCCAGAGCCAGCACAGGCUGUGGACGGGAGAUGAGAGCCCAAGACUGUCCAGCAAAUUUCACCCACCUUUACCUGCAGGGAGGCCCACCGACAUCCAGCACGAGAUCCCACCUCACAUGUUUCCCAACAGCAAACCCCCUGGAGCUUGCUACCCAGCUGCUGUGGACGCUCGGCACAGUUUGAAUAAAAAUUACGGCUCCAACUCCACCACCAGCACCAGUCAUACUGCCAAAAACAGGUCUCAGUACAGAGCUGAUGAUAGUAUGAUACACCACAAAUCCUCACACUGCAGCAGCAGAGCCAGUGACUCCGUCAGUCCCACCAGCAGCAGGAGGAGCUUCCCUCCAUCUCCACACACUGAAGUAGCCUGUAGGUUAGCCGUCGAAGCGGCCAAACUGUCCACCAUCUUUUCAGGAAGACGGACUCCCUCUCCAACAUCUCAAUCAGAGUCUCUGCGGUCAGAGAGUCCGAGGAUCAGAGGGUCCUUCUGCAGAGAACCGCAAGCCUACAGCACUCUCCAUGGGCGAAGCUCCCCUGAGUCCUUGCAGACUGAAAACCAGGCCUCCAAAUGGAAAUUAGACAAAACAGUACCUCAGACCAGACCGGGUCAGAUCUCUCCUCUUCUGCCCCAGAAGGUCCCGCCCUCACCAGUGUCUCCUGUCUUGCCAGCUCGGCUGAACCUUGCAGCCUCUAGCCAGUCCCCUGUGAUAGAUCCACGGCAGCACAAAGGAUCAUCACCCACUGAGACCAUGUCAACCCCACAUCGCUACCAGCCACCUCAAUACAUGGGCGAACGUAACCCACCGGGCAUGGAACAAAGACAGUAUGAUCACCUGGUCAAUGGACCGGUCAGGGACAGUCCUGAACUCUGCAGGAGACUUCUGUCCAGCCAAAACACAGAUGCAAAGCCUGUGAGCUGGACCUCCAGACACAAGGAAUGGAGGGGAGCUGGACCAGUCCAAGACAAGGAGGAACUUUAUGAAGAUCACUACAGGAAGCAAAUACCUGGAGUUUACAGUUGCAGCAAAGAUCAGGGGAGGGUCAGAGAAGACAAAGGGACAAAGGAGACAGUUCAGUGUACCCAGAGACUGGUAAUGUCCAAGGACCAGAAAGAGGAUGCUCAGGAUCACAGUGGGGGGGCUGGGUCCUCCUCUAAGAGCUCAAGUGGGGUGACAGGAAGCGUGGGAGACAGCCUCCAGCAAGACAGGAUAGACAGUCUGUCCCCUGAGACAUCCAGCCAGUCCAGCCACGACACAGCUGACACUGGCUCAGGGAUACAGGUCUGCUGGGAGGAGGAGGGAAGGAGGGGGUUUAGUUCAGUGUGUGUGUGUGUGUGUGUGUGUGUGUGUGUGUAUGUUAGAUCUUUGAGUGUAUCUGUGUAUGAUAAAUGUGAGGUUGUCAGUCUGCAAAGUUGAAGCAUGUCACAGUACAUAUUCACAAUGACCUGACUAACACACACACACACACACACACACACACACACACACACACACACACACACAUACACACAUACACACGUUCACCGAGACUGAAGUGUCUGUUCGUCUGUGUAUUUUCUGAUGAAGUGUUCCUGUGGAUCAGAAAAACAAGUCAAAACAGAUCAAGUUGGGGUCUAACAGUGACUUUUGUUUGGGUUUAUCAUCACCAUCUCUGGCAGCUUUCCUGACACUGAGUGUGAAAUGUUGUGCUCACAAUAACAGAUUUAUCCUCAUCACAACACCACAGCAGUUUGAACCUUUUUGUGUUUUAGUCAUUAAACUCUCCUCUAGUAAACUAGCUCUGAUUAAUCUGAUCAGUGUAACUUUUUAAGACUUUAACUGACACAACCAUCUUAAAGGAUGUGGUGAUUAGAGGUGUACUACAGUGUGCUCUCUCAGUUCUCUGGGUUCACUCUGGGACGCCUUCAAGGAAAGGGAUUUAAAGCUCAUUUAUAUAUUCCUUUUUUUUAUUUUGCACAGUAAAAAAAUACAGAAUAUGACAGCAGUAUAUAGAUAGACAGUGCAGGAAGAGGCAGAAAGCUCAGAGUUUAUUUGAAAUCUUCAACUAAAUAAAAUUUAAGAAAUGAACUCAAUAUGACACAAAAACAAAAGGAAUGAUUGAAUUAUUCCGAACAUACAAUAAGAUUAAAAACAUAUCAGUAACAUCAAAACUUGACUGUAAGGAUUUUAUGAAUAACCAUAGACUCUAUAUACUAUGAACAACCUGGCUCUGCCUUCUGUCAUUAUAUGAAUUUGCAGCCGAAUUGCUUUUGGUAUUUCAGGGAUUUUCUCCACUUCCUGAAACCAACGUAGCGCAGUAGCAUUGUAAGUGUUCGGUGGGAGAGUCGCUGUGAUGACACUCAGCUCAAACAAACCGAGUGAGCUACGCUAAGCAUCUUUGUAUGCUCAUAGGCUGUAUCAAGUGUCAAUCAUAGAAAACGUGAAUACCCUAAUAACUUUUAAAAAUGGAGCUGUACAAAAAAGAGGACUUGAGCACAAACCAGUGUUACAGUAACUACAUGUCAACAUCGCAACCAAGGGGGAGAAAAAAUUAUAUUCUGUAUCAUUAAAGUUUGUCCACAGCUCCAUAAGGAUGUCUGGAGGAGGCGGGAUUUAGGACUUAUACUGCAGCACAUCACCAGAGGGUGCUGUUUUUGCGGUGACUUCACAUAAUGAGGAGGCAGACGGCGUCCAUUCUAUAUACAGUCUAUGUGAAUACCUAUAUGUCCGAUUAUGGUUGAGAGAAAGUCCUCACCUGUAUUUUCACCAGAAAACUUAUCCAACAACAAAACACUUGAUUUGAACAGAAAUUGGAUUCACAGAUAAAACAACACAACAGAUGUAAGUUCACAGCAGCCAAAAGUUUCUUUAGUCAUCUAUUGUAACAUUUCGCAGUCUGAUCAUUUUUUGCUGGGUGGGAAUAGUUGUUCCGUAAGUUGGUCCCCCUAUAUUUUUAAUGUAAAUUGGCUUCUGCGCACUAAACAUUUAGGAGGAUGAAGAUCUAGAGCUUGACGAGUUCAAUGAUAGUGAACCUGUGAGUUUGUUUUAAAGAGAUUUUUAAAGUGCAAUACAAAACUGAUAACUGAUAAAAACGCAUACUUCAAAAACUCUAUAUCUGCGCUGUUCUAUGGUGAUAUAAUAUAUUCACAAACAAUACCUUGUAACCAGGUAUGAACCACUGAGAACCACAUGUCCUCUGUGUCUUGUCUGUCCUCUCACAGUCGGAGAGUGGCUCAGCAUCGACCCCAUCCUCGAGGUCACAGAAGAUCGCCCAGGCGAAGUGGGAGUUCCUGUUUGGAGGGGGAACUGGGGAGAGUCCGCGCAGUAAGGAAAGCACAGGUAAGAGUGUUGGUGAUCACUGCUAACCUGGUGUCAUCUACAUUUACAAUGACAUCACUGACCAGAAGUAGUACACUCGGUAGAGGGAGAGAAUAGGAAUACUGUGUUUAAGAUCAGGUUUUCAUUCAAACAGCGGCGAGGUCUGUUAGUGCAGUCACUCUUUCAAAUAGUCAUAAAUCCAGAACAUAAGAACAUGCUGAUGUUCAGACGUAUUCAAGCAGCCCAGUAAGACUGUCUUAUCCACUUGCUCAAGAUGGAGUUCAGCUGUCUUUUAUGUACUAAAUUGCCCGCUGCUGUAUUGCUGUCUGCAGAUUUUUGGUCAUUGUUGUUCAUUUGUUCAUUCAGCUCUAUCUCAGUCUUUAUGUUGCUCUCUGUGGUGAAAAACCCGAAUACCCUUGGUUUAGUGUCCUAACUUAACAGCUUUGAGAGUCUGACGAGUAUUCACAGCAAUAUGAAUACUAUUAACUAUAUAGUUUGAACAUUUCAUCACAGACUCCAAUUUGACCUCAGCCCAUAAGUCCAAAAAUGAACUCAAAUUUCAAAUAAAAAGUGACAGUCUGGGACUCCCUCUGUCAGUAUGUCAUCAGUGUUUAAGUCUUCUGCUUUAAUAAUCUCUGUUUAACCUCUGUCUUAGCGUCACAUGUCUUUAUUUCCUCUGUCCUUAUAUACUCCUUCUUCUUCUUCUCUCUCUCUCUCUCUCUCUCUCUCUCUCUCUCUCUCUCAGUUUGUGUUAAUCUGAUUAGCAGUAGUUUAUAUCAGGAGUCAGCUGUGUCACUACUCUUCACACCACAUCACUAAUGCUCUCAUCUUUAUUUAGCUCUGUUGUCAACACUUUAGCUCAUCUUUAACACAUUUUAGUCAGGGCUGCCAUUUUUAAGUGUUUCCCUCUAUAGAUCUUCGGAAAUGCUAACAAUCCAUUAUUGAUCACCCAUUACAGAAUAUUAGAGCCAUGAGUGAAACAGCACUGUGUUUGUCCCCUAAAUCAAAUCCUUUCUUCAGUCACAUCAUUGAUAUAAGGGACAGUAUUGCAUAGCUUUGCUAGUCUGGGGAACUUCUGUUCUGAUAUUUACAUCCCCAAACACAGAAGCAGGAUACUUACAAAUAUGAACAUAACCAGGAUGCAGAAAACACACUCAAUAAAGGCCUGUGUGAGUCUGGUGGUGUCUCUACUCAAAGAUAAUCUGACCUGUGCUCAAACACACUGAUUUUGUUGUUCUUUUGCUGUGUUGGGGAUAUUUCUGGGUGUCAUUCAUAGAGUGGAGGUGUGGAGCCUCCAGCCAAUCAUAUACAGGUAGAAACAAAAAAAUAACGAACUAUGAAGCUAUCAGUGCUGCAAAAUCAAAUCUGAGCAUGUCUGUCCUUCCUGCAGACCGUCCAUCCUCCACGCCUCCAACCAGCAGUUCGCCAAGCCCCAGCCCCCCCUCCUCCCUCCACCUGAAAACCUCAAACCAGAGGAGGGGGCAACUGUCACACCACAAGGUGAGGCAGGUCCAGGUUGACCUGGUGUCCCCCAAAUUCAGAAGCUGUACCUCCAAGACGGGUAUCAUUCGCCAAACCCUCAAGUACUCUGAGACAGACUUGGACGCUGUCCCUCUGAGGUGCUACAGGGAGACAGACCUGGACGAGGUGAGAAAAUCUGAUCUAUCUCACCUGAGGCCUGUACUACGAAGCUGGAUUAACACAUCCAGGAUAACUCUGCGACAACUCGCUAAACUUCACCGGAUCUCCGCGAUCCCGAUCAGCUGUACUACGAAGCAGGAUAUCAACUCGAUAACUGAAUCCAGUUCAGAUCUGUGCGCGCACACGUAAAGGGGGUCGGGUCAGUGCCACCGGACCAAUCUCCACAAUGGAGAAGGCUGCACGUCAUUUUUCACAGCUGAAGAACAGAGCUUUAUUUAAACAGUGAGACAGACACAGCCGCUAAAAGCCGGAGGGACUGCCGGCAAAAAAAAUCACCGGUUGUGUAAAUUACAUUAGUGCGAUCAUAAAUUUAUGGCCCCCCAAUAUAUUGUCAUGCAGCGUGUGUGAUCACCACCAUCACUGACCUCAUUAUUUCAGAUACAACAGCAGUGGGGAAAAGAGUACGUGGGAGCAAAUAAAAAUAAAUCUAAAAACAUCCUUUUAAGUAGUUUGUAAGUUUAUUGGAAGAUUUUAUUUGUACAUAUUUCAACGCGUAAACAGUGAUUUCCUCACACUGCCUUUUUUUUUUCUCCAUCAUCUGAUGGUCACAUGUCAUCUGCAGACACAUUUGGGGUUAAGAGUUUUCUAAUCUGCUUCAAUGAAUUCUGAAUGAUGACUAACAAAUUUGAACCUGGAGCUUGGCAAAUAUUAGUGUAUUGCUUAGACUUCAUGCUACUUGAAUAUUGAGGCCGUCCGAGGAAAACCUGUAACGUUCAUAGAGAACGUCAUCAGGUAAAUCAAACGGAUUUGAACGAUCAUGAAUAUAACGCUCUCGGCGAAGCGCUCCUCUCACUAUCCGUGCAACGAUGUCCCCGGGAUCCGGCAAAAGUGGGCAAGCCAUUUUCCAAGAGAUCCGAUUGGUCAGUGGGCGGUUUUUUAUACCUGCUGAGAUCUUAUCCUGAAACAUAACCUGCUCCGGAGCAGGUUUGGCGUUCCGCGUAAGUUACCGGGGCAACGGACCCGGAUAAAAAGAGAUCCACCUUCGUAGUACAGAAAACCCAGAAGUAAUCCAGAAGUUAUCUCGCUAAGACCAAAUCCAGCUUCGUAGUACAGGCCUCUGGAUAAGUUUAAUGUUCACUGUAUACGUUAUUCAAUCUGAUCACUGGGAAGGUGAGGUGACCCUCAUCUCACAAAUGUUUGGAUGCUGUGUAGUGCUGACAAAAUCAGGAUUAGAUUUUUUUCAAUUAAGUCUCUGCUUGAUAAAAAUGAGCUGAAAGACAGCACAUUAGAAGUUAAAACUGAGAAAUUUAAUAUUUUUUAGAUUUAAUUUCAGCGGCAUUUUUGUAAUAAGUAGUGUCACGCUCCUGGCUCAGGGAUCAUAACAAAGGUGAAGACAUCACACAUGGAAUCGUUUUAAGAAACUAAUUUAUUACUGAAACUCAAAAAAAAACACACUGGUUGUAGUGUGUGGCUGCGUGUAUGCAUGUAUAUAUGGUGGUGUGCAUGGGUCUGGAUCUGUGUGUGUGUGUGUGUGUGUGAAUAAGAACAUAUACAAACUCCAAAACAACCAACUACCCAAAAACAAAAGUUCUCCCACUGCCCAGUGGCUCAAAAAGCCAAAUAACUAGGGACCUGAUGACAGAGGUCUGUCCAGCAUGGAGAUCAGAGAGAGACUGACUGACCUGGCUGAGCAAUUAAGCCUACUGCCACACCCAGCCAGGUGUCAGUCAUCUCCCUAAUGAGCUCCUCCAACUCUGGCAGACAGGGCCAGGAAAGACUAGGCAGCAGGAUGACCUCUAGAGGCCAUCACAGGGGAGACCAGGAGGCCAUCACAGUAGUUACAAGGUCAUGUCUCCUCAUUCUAUGUCAUCACCUCUUCUUUUACCAAAACUCUGUUAAUGUUAAUGAACCCAGGAAACUAGUUUCUGGAGCUUGGAGAUUGAAAUGUUGUCCCAUUCUUGCCCUUCUCCAAAACCUGUUUAUAUUGUUCAGCAUUAAUGGAGCCCUCACACAAGUGUAAGCUGCCCAGUGUUGGGGUAGUUACUCAUAGAAAGUAAUUUGUUACUAGUAACCAGUUACUUCUGUAAAUUGUGAUGAGAUUACUUAACUAGUUACUGCAUUUGAAAAGUAACCACUACUGUCACUUAAUUUACCGUGCAGAGGUACAUGGACAAACGUCAUAGCCCAAUCAUCUCUGAGCAUAGUCCGCAUUGUUUUGUUUAUUGUAUAAAUGUAUACAACAUGGCAUGAAAAACUACACAGAAGAACACAAUAGCUCACACAACAGGAGAAAGAAGAAAGCAAAAAAAAAGGUAGCAACACACAAGUUUCAAAAUACAGACUUUGGGAAACAUCUAACAAAAAAAAUCUUUUCCUGAGAACAAAGUGCCUCCGUCCACCUCUGUUUCUAUCGUUACUGCAAUCCAUUACUUUGUAGUGUAUUACCCCCAAAACUGAAGCUGCCCAUACCAUGGACUAGAGCAGGCUCCAUCACAUUUGGUGCCCUGGACAAGAUUUCAGCUGUGCCCCUCACAUUGGACCCACUUUCACCACCAAUCAAGGUUUUCAUACACUAAAAACUGGCACACAGCUUUGUAUUAUUUAUAUAUACUUAAUUUUAUAUUUUAUUGAGCAAAUGUAUUUCAUCAAACAAAAACCUGUUCAGUCUCAACUUUUGAUGUGUUGUCUUUCCAUCAAUUUAAAGUAAAAUUAUUUUUUAAAAGGUUUGAUAAUCACCAUAUUUUGCAACAUUUUACACAGUGUGAAGAUGUUUGUUGUUUAUCAUAAACACAGAUAGUUUUUGUGAUGGUGUUUGUUGUUUAUUAUAAACACAGAUAGUUUUUGUGAUGGUGUUGUUUUUUUUUAAUACAGACAAUUUCUGUGAUGGUCGUUGUUUAUCAUUCAUAUUUUUUUUUGUCUUUUAGGUGAUGCGGGCAGAGGCCGAGGCAGCUGAGGAGGGAGAGGCAGACUCGGUCUUUGGGAGUAACUCCUGCAUUGUAAGAAACUCUAACUACAGCCCUGCCAGUGCCUCUCAUAAUAACGUGACAGGUGGAGGGAAGGAGGAGGAGGAGGAGGGGCAUGAAGAGGAGGAGGAGGAGGCAGUAGUGAGCUGGGCCAGUGUGCGGAUGCUGGGAGACAGACAGAGACAGAGAGCGAGCAGAGAGGAAGAGGAGGUGUUCAGUCUGCUGCUAAAGGGGUCAGAUAUCACAGGCUCGCCCUUAGUGCUGAACAUUUAUCAUUCUUUUUGUCCAUCUGAAGCUAACAGCUCUGUUUCUGUUUCACAUCAGGCCCUCAGAAGCUUUAUCGAACUCUCAUGGCGGUCUCAAGUCCCCCAUCUCCCUCGGCAGCCCACGCCGACCCUCAGAAAGCAACCUCGACUCCUUCAGUCGCCAUUUUGAAAGUAUCAUGGAAUCCCACCGAGCCAAAGGCACAUCUUACAGCAGCCUGGACAGCGUGGACCUCCUGACCUCUGGAUCAACAUCUGUCUUCACCUUUGACCUGCCCACCCUCACCCCAGAGAUCCAGGUAGACCUGACCCCAGGAGUAACAUUACUGCUUGCUUCCUGACAGCAGGAAGUAAUCCAGGUGUGUGUGUGUGUGUGUGUGUGUGUAUGUGUGUGUGUGCAGAGUCAGAUCUGUGACAGUGCCAAGCAGAUCAUGGAGCUGAGCUUUGCCCCGUUGGCCUGCCCUGAGUUGUCCGCCCCCACAGAGCGGUCCCGUUCCUCCUUUGUCCUCAGCACAUCGGGCCCUGGGCUCCGGGGGGGCUCCAAGGAUGACUGUGGACCAGCGAUGAGAUCCAAGUCAGAGAAAGAGACCUGGCGUCGUUCGAUCCUCAAAGAUGGCUUCCGCAAGGCAAGCUCGGUCCCCUCCCUUCACAGUAACCCUCGGUGAGUUUGAGUUCCAAGUCUACAGAUAGUUUAGGUUCUGGUUCUGUUUCCUGUUGUUCAGUCUAUGUUCCUUAGUAGAACGAGAUCUGAAGUAUCCUCUCUGAGUGUCUGAGUAUCCUUCAGCAGGUUAAGGUUUAUCUGAACCCUCCCUGAACUUCCCCUGAGCUCUGGUAUAAACUAGAGUAUCUGGAGUCAGUGUUCGGAUCCUCAGAGUCUGUGAGCCCUGUAUGUACUAAUGAUGGGAAUAACUGAAGCUUAAAACAUUGGUUGUUAUGGGAUUCACAUGUUUCAUUGGCUGAUCACAUAAUCUUAAAUGCAGAGUGGAUCUGAUAUGGAUUUGCUAUUAAUAAGCUGUCUUUACAUACAGUACAAUACAGUGAAGGAGCUCAUUAAACAUUAAACAUUAAAUGCUAACCUGUGGGUGUUUGUGCUCUUGGAGAAGUCUGGUUUUGUGUCACUGAGGUUCUAGGUAAGGUUUGAAGCAUUUCCUCUGUUUUAUGACCCUGUUUUGUAGCGUCUUUUGUACAGGAUUUGCUAGUCUGUUGGUUUAAUCAGAGUCAGCUCUGCAGGCAAAUUUGAACCCAAAUUUUGGAGACUCUGGUAGUUGGUUCUGGGUGUGGAGGUCUGCUUUUAGAAGAUGACUCACUGCUGUGGUUGGUAGUGGACAUGUUAAAGCAGAGCCAUUGCUUUUCUCUCUCUUAAUGGAAGGCUCACACUCCAUAAAUGUGAAUGGCUGAUAUAGUUUCCACACUGCUACUGCCCCCCCCCCCCCCCCACACACACACACACACACACACACACACACAUUUUUAUAAUUUAUUUGCCAUUUAUGACUAAAGUUCACUGUAAAAGUAGCUCCUGUGGGUUUGAAGAUCUUUCUCAGAGUAUGAAAAUAAAAAAUAUUUAAAUAAAAUCUGUUUGAUUAGUUUUUUCAAUUGUUUAUAACCAGACAGACAGAUAUACAGACUGUACAUGCACACACAGACAGACAAACAGACACUAUAUUGUUGUUCUUUCACUAGAGCUCUCCUCUCUUUAUGUAGACUUGCAGUAGCUCCUCUCAGCCACUCAGUGGCUCUGCAGAGACAAGAUUUGCUGACAGUCCAUGUUCAUCCACUUCUCUGUGGUUCUGUUGUCAGGUGAUCACUUCUUUCUGAAGAGUUUAUGGUCAGUAAAGACAUGGUGCCUGCUCCUCUUUUACUUUAAAUAAUGCUCAUGAAACUUUCAAUUGAUCAUUUAUAAUGAGUUGCAGAGGAGUUGUUGGUUUAUGGAUGGUUAAGUACAGACUAGAUAUUCCUUAUUACAUCUUUCUUUAUAAGAACUCUACACUGUGAAAUACAUCUGCAUCAUGUCUGUUUGUUUCUGCACUGCAUGUAGAUUAACACUUGUGCAUUACCAUUUGUGCAGACAAAACAAAUGCUCCGAUCAUUACACAGAGAGAUCCUCAUUUGAUGCUCAAACCACCUCAUCUGGCUCCUCACGAUAAAAAGAGGGGAGCAGCUUCUCUCUGAGACCCCACCACCAUUAUCUCAGGGCUCUAAACCUUUUUCUCUGUGGCUGAGCAUGGAAAACCCAUUAAGACCUGUUAAAUCCUGUUCUAACUCAAUUAAACCUGUCCAAACUUAAAUAUCCAUUCAAAUUUAUUCAAACUGAUUCAACUGAUUUUAGCCAUCCAAAACAAAUGUUUGUCAGCUAGGCUCUCAGUCAUAGAGCCGGGGACAAAAGGGGGACAUGUAGCCUCUGUCUUGUGGGUUCUGCAAGGACCGGUUCAAGGGUCAGGUGCAGCCUUGACCAAAGUGUUAGGUGGAGCAGAGACCUGGAGGCAUAGAGCAUAGUCUAGAGCUUAAAUGGAAUAGAAGCAUAAUUAAUGCUGUUUGUCAAACUCUAAGAGUACCAACAAGACGACUCACCCUGUAUGUGUGAAUUUAUAUACAGUAUAUAUAUAUAUGUGUGUGUGUGUGUGUGUGUGUGUGUGUGUGUGUGUGUGUGUGUGUGUGUGUGUGUGCGCGCACACGCUUAAGUGUGUGGCUUGUGUGUGUGCACCUGCGCAUAUGUGUGUGUCUGACUGGACUUCACACGCGGGCUGUUAGAAACACAUGGGUUUGAUUUAAGAGUGUCUGGCGUGUUCACUCACACACACACAUUUUCUUACUGACUAAAACUUAAAAACCUCUCUGUGCUCACUCAGAGACUGUGAGAACUUUCAGUGGUGUGUUUGUGUGUGUGCGUGGGUGUGUGUGUGUGUGAAGAAAAACCCUUCUGUUCCUGAAUUAUCUAUUCACCUUAGGGUUCGGUCUAAUCAGUCUGUAGAGUUCUGCUCUCAUGUCAUUCUCAUAUCAAACACCCUGAAUCACCAGAGAUGCCCUGGUUUCUCAUGCUAUAGAGCUGGUCUUGGCACUGCUUUAGAGCUGGUUCAAACUGUGAACCGUCUAAAAACCAUUUAGGUUUCCACUGGCAAAAGUUAAAAGAGAGUCAAACCACAAACUGACCAACAGAAAAAAAAAUUUGACUGUAAGCUCUGCUUGCUGUCCUCAAGUGCAACGACAGUAAGAAUGGGGAUGAAUUUGCUCAAAGUGUUACUAGAAACUUCAUUAAACUAUGGUGGUGAUUACAUUUGAGAUGACAUUUUGAUAUUUCCUCAUAUUUAACAAAUGUGGGAAAGUUUUUGUAAUGUUUUAUUUGGCACAAUAGCUCCACCUCCGGUCCCUGGCAUUGACACUUUUUUUCUCGGCCCAGCAAGGAGAUGGUGCUGCCCUGGAACUAGUUUUUCUGUCUGAAAACCAGUUCAUUAGCUGUGGAAACACAAAGAACUGGAUCUAAAUCAGGCACUGGAACCAGCUCAGUGGAAAAGGGGUGACACAGCAUGAGAAAGAGAGAGAGACAGAGAAGGGGAGGAGAUAAACAGUCUGAUUUAACCUGGUAAACCUGGACUCUGUUAGAGGUUAGACGCUAGUCUGGUUCCUGUUAAGUCUUUUCUGUCUUUUCUGCUAUACAACUAAAUUAAAGUGUAGACUUAUUUUGACCAGGUGGUCUAGAGCUAUACUUCAGUGCACUGAGGUAAGAAAGAGCUGAGCCCAGAUUUUAAAGGCCAAAAGAACUUUUUUAUUCUAAUUAAAGAGUUUUUAUUAUGACACACACCCCGAGUCUGCAGCUGGAGGAGCUUUGUGUGUGUGUGUGUGUGUGUGUGUGCGUGCGUGCGUGUGUCUGUGUCUGUGUGGACGAGGUCUCUGGUUUCCCCCGCCUCCGUCUCUGAACUGGGUGUGGACCCAAAGAAUUCAAAUUCAAACACAAACUUAAUUGUUCAAGAACUCAAAACAGCUGACACAUACACACACACACACACACACACACACACACACACAGAGUUUAUGAGCCUAUAGAUGGAAACUUUAGAUGGAUUCGUACAGCCCCACAGUCUUGGAGACUGGACAGAGAAAAGACGUCUUGCUUCUGUCAGAAAACCAGAGAUCAGAGACUCUCUCUGAAAAUGGCUUAAUUCUUUCCUGUGAAGCCUCUCCCCCUCUUUCCCCCCUGACUCUCUCCUCCUCUCCCCCAUUCUCUGUGUGUGGAUCUUUUCCAUCUGCUGGUUGGGCUCUGACCUCUGACCUUCUAACCUCCAGCUGGUGGUAAUGCUGCUGGCUGAGAAACUGAGAGGAGUCCUAAAGUCUUCACGAAUACUGCUACCACUACUACUGCUACUACUUCUACUGCUAUUAUUACUACCACUUCUACUACCGUUAAUACUACUACUACUACUAGUUCUGCUAUUACUACUAUCAAUUCUUCUCCCGCUAAAGGUACUACUACUGCAACUGCUUCUACUACUAUGACUACAACAACUACUUAUACUGCUACUGCUAUAACUACUACCAAUACUACUACUAUGACUGCUACUGUUACAACCACUAAUACAACUGCUACUGCUUCUACUGCUCAAACUACUUCCACUUCUACUACUGCCUAAACUAUUACCACUACUUCUACUACAUCUACCAAGACUUCUACCGCUAUUAUUAUUACCACGUCUGCUACUGCUGAUACUACUACUAGUACUGCUAUUACUACUACCAAUUCUGCCCCUGCUGAAAGUACUACUCCUGCAACUGCUACAACUAUUACUACAACCACCACUUUUACUGCUACUGCUGCUGCUAAAACUACUACGACUACUACUGCUAUUGCUGCUGCUUCUGCUUCUACUACUACUACUACUACUACUACUACUACUACUGUUACUGCUAAUACUGCUAUAACUAGGACAGCAGUAGCUUAGAAGGUAGAGCGGUCAUCCAACAACUAUAAGGUGGGUGGUUCACUUCUCCCCUAUCCUUAAUCUGUCUGUUGUAACCUGGGGCAUAUUACUACUGCUGCUACCACUACUACUACUACUAGUAGGAAGCUUUGGGUGUCCUGAUUCAGAAGGAUACUUAGCUGUGUACAGUCAGUUUGUUGACAUGCACUUGAAUAAAUGCUGACCAGGAGUUGACCCAGUAGUUACAAGUUGUAAGGGGGCAUGUCGCCCCCUACUGAAGCAGAGGCAAAUGUGCCUCUGUCAAUUCUCUUCUUGCUCAGUGCAUGUAAACUGGGACAAGGACAGUAGUCCAGCUAAGAGCUGUGGUUGUAGCUCAACCUGACUGUGCAUGUUAAUGUACCAAGCAUCUGCUGCCGUUCAGGAUCAGUGCUAAACGCUGGGAUAAGAAACCAUUAUGACUCUUUGUCCACUGAUUAAGACAGUGAAGCUGCAAUACGCUGUAACUGCACCGCCUGUGACUCGCAACAAAUCCUAACAUGCACCACACCCCAAAUAAGCGUGGGAGUGUAAUGGCCAGUUGAGUGCUACUUACAGCCUUGAUUUUAUUUGGGUUACCUAUCAGUAACUCUGUUACCCUGCACAAAGAAAUAGUCUCUGAUGAAUAAAGAUUUUGUUAGGGAUGUAAAGAAUAUUUAAUGUUGACAGAUGCAUCCUGUAGUAAAUUAUGAAUACUGAGUCAGAGGCAGGAGGCUGGAGGCUAGAGGCAGAGCUGUAGAGCUUUUUAUCAGCUCUCUCAGUGUUCAGAGCAGCUGGUUUUACAUGUCAGAGUCAGAAACGGAGUCAGUAAAAAGAGCUGCUCGCCUUUAGCAGACUGAACCAAACACCUUACCAUAAACAAACCGGAGCUCAUCCAACCGCCAAGAGUCGGGGAGAAACUUCAGGAGGGGGAGGAAGGUGAGGGAGACAAAGGGAGGAAGAGGGGAAGGAGAGGACAGAGGGAGGAGGAGGAGGAGAAGGAGGGGCGUCCCGGGUCAAACAGAAGAGGAAACACAAAUCUCCUCCCCCCUCAGUGGAGGAAAAUAACCCAGCUGAUGGAAGAGAGAGGAGGGAGGGAGGAGAGGAGGGGAGGAGAAAGGAGGGGAGGGGGAGGAGAGAGUAGAGCCGACCGUGUGCUGCAGAGACAGAAAGUUAUACUAUGAAGUUAGAGAGGGAAAAGCAGGCGACAAGGGAUUUACCAUCUGAGAUAGAGAGAAGAGGAGGAGAAGGAAAAAGAAGGGAGGAAAGAAGAGAGGAAGGAGAGAAACAGAGCUGGCAGAGCUGCAAGAGGGAAAACUGAACAAGUCGAAGGAAAGGGAUAAAAACAGAGUGAUUAGAGAGGAGAAGAGCUGCUCCUGGAAGAAGAGGGGGAAGAGGAAGGAGAGAAGGAGGGGGAGGAGGAGGGAUCUCUCAGGCCAACAGACAGGGAGGAGCUGGAAACUGAUGAUGUCAUCACACGAUGAUGUCAUCACUUUAGCAUGUGGAUAAUGUCACUCGUUUCACUGUGGCAACACCACCUCUAAAUGUGGUUGUGGGUUGAUUGGUGGCUGCUUUUGGCUACUGACAUCACAGGCUGGGUGUGAGAGUGGGAGGAGCCACUUCAGCAUGUCCAGCUACCUGCUGUGCUGGGGGGGUGGAGCUUUGGAUGACCGGUAUAUGUAUGCCCCGCCUUACCCUGCCGUGUACAGGUGAGUGUGAGAUCAGAAUCUAAGUAAUACUUUGAAUGUCAGAGAGGUCAGAACGUGUCAGGUCUAUUUACAGAUGUUUUAAGGAGCCGUCAUUUGGAAAUGACUUCAGAUCCACUUUUUGAGUAUGAUUUACUUUAUUUACUAUAAUAUAAGACAGUUGUUUGUCCCUCAAAUACACCUGAAAAAGAGGGACUCCUUUUAUUUGGGGUUGAGUCAUUAAACCCUUUAUGACUUAAUAUUGUUGUGUUUAUAAAUAUAAUCAGCCCUCAAAACAGAUCUUUCUUCUGCUUUAACGGUCUAAUAGUCCUUGAUCCUGACUCUGAGCUCUGCAGCAGCUGUGAGCCCUCUGGGUCUCUAUGUUUAACCUGAUGAGAGGAGGAGGGUCAAGCAAAGCAGUGAUGUGUUCAGGAAGGAUUAUCUUCAUGUCAGAGGAGAACCCUGACCAGAUUCCUGAGACUCUGCACAUCAUGUGACCCUCAGCUGACCUGAGGAUCCUCCUGAUAAAGGGCUCUUGGUUGUUGUUUGUCUCAGUUUAAGUGUUAGUGCUUGAGGGCUAAGAUUCAACUCAGCAGAAACAAGGCUCCCGUAAGGCUUUAAGCAGGAUCUAGUAUCCACCUGGUACUGCUAACUGUUAGUCUCAGAGCUCAGGUCUCUGUGCUGAGUAAGAGCCCCUGGAGGAAGUUUUCUGUGUACAGUUUCGUCUAAACAUCUAUUAUGGAUCAAACACCUGUCUGACAGUGUGAGGCACCUGUGUGUCUGAACUAGGUAUACCUGUAGAGACACACACCAAAUAAUCUGUGUGUGUGUGUGUGUGUGUGUGUGUGUGUGUGUGUGUGUGUGUGUGUGUGUGUGUGUGUGUGUGUGUGUGUGCGUGACUGUGUGUGUGUGUGUGCGUGACUGUGUGUGUGGGUGUGUGGCCUCAGGCAGUCCAGAGGAGAGGAUCUGCUCUAUCACUCGAAACAGCAGAUUCUCCCUUUGACCCCCUGUGUUUCAGUUUCAACAUAUGCUGAAAAUGUCACAUGUUGAAUUUAACAGGUACUAGCUGCAGAGUUAUGACUCCAGUCCGUCAGAAACACAGAUACACUUCAGUUACUUACAUAAUCGUCAGAAAUUGUGUUAUUACCAAUCACAAUCUUCAUACUGCCUGCAGAGACCAUUGACUCUCAGAACAACAGUCUGCAUCUGUUUGAUGGAUGGAUGGAUGGAUGAAUGGAUAGAUGGAUGAAUGGACGAUAGAUGGACUAAUGAAUGGAGGGAUGAAUAGAUGGAUGGAUGGAUGGAUGGAUGGAUGAAUGGAUGGGGGGAUGGACUUCGGGUAUGGGGGAGUGGAUGCACUAAUAGAUAACUGGAUCAACUGAUGAAUGGGUGGAUGAAUUUAUGGAUGAAUGGACGAUAAAUGGAUGAAUGGAUAAAGAAAAAAGGAUAGCAGGAUGGAUGAAAAAUAGAUGAAGAGAUGGAUUAAUAGAUAAGAGAUGGAUGAAUCAAUGGGCUGAUGACCUGAUGGAUGGAGGGAUGGACUGAUGGAUUGAUGGACUGAUGGAUGGAUAAAUAGACGAUGGAUGGAUGGAUGGAGGACUGAUAGACGGAUGAAUCAAUGGAUGGAUGGAUGGAUGGAUGGAUGGAUGAAGAAAAAAGAAAAGGAUAGCAGAAUGGAUGAAUAAAUAGACAAUGACUGAUUAAUAAAUAAAAGAGAUGGAUGGAUGGACUGAUUGAUGGACAGAUAAAUGGAUGGAUGGAUAAAGACAAAAGAAAUGGAUUGUUGAAUGAAUAGAUGAAGAGAUGUAGUAAUAAAUAAAAGAGAUGGUUGGAUGGAUGGACUAAUGGACUGAUAGAUGGAUGGACUGAUGGACGGACUGUUGGAUUUAUGCAUGGAUGGGUGGAUGGACGUAUGGAUGGAUGGGCUGACUGAUGGAUGGAUAAUUGUUAAUGGCUGAUAAGUUCAUCUUACUGUGUAUUUCUUAUUAUCUCUAUAUAAGCUGACAUACUCAGGGGUUGGCACAUUGGGCUCUAUUUUCGUGCCCACCAGCGGCACAGCGGAGGGUGGCGGACCCCGGGCAGUGGUAUUUUUGUCUGGCAGAGCCCGGUAUACAGCCAGUUUGGUAUUUUCAUGGACUGAGGUGCACCGAAGUCUGCCAAGCUGGGCGUCGUGAUGCGGCAGGGGGAGGUGUCAACAGAAUCAGCUGGGGCAGUGACAUUUUUGUGCCCGCUGGUGGUGUAGAAAGUGCGCUGAAGGCUCUCCGAUUCAAACCUGGUCAGCUUUCAGCGCAGGCGGAGCGCAGCGGCAUAUCGGCAUACGUCACUGAUGCCUCACCGGCAGGUUUCCACAGUGUCAGGCACAUUUCAGUGCAAUAAAUAAUCAACAACAACCAAUAUUCUGAGUCAGCACAUACAUUUAGAUCUAUACAGAUAUAUUCUGAUCUAUAUCUUAUCUGAUGAGCGUGUUUGGCACGUGUUUGGACAAUCAACUUGACCGAAUUAACACAGCUGAAACCGCAUUAAAUUAAAUUAAAUAUCUAGUAAAUAGACACACAUGAUGAAGUUAACAAGAUAUUUAAUUCCCUAUUUCUGUCUUCCUCUUCCUCUUAUUUCUCGCACAGCUGGACCCGGACAUGUCUCUGUGUCCUCACCCUGUCCUGCUGCUGCGGCGGCUGAACAGAUUAUUUGUUUCAGUGAUCAGAUGAGUUAUUUACUUUAAGCCUACAUACGAAUAUUAUAAUAUUCAGUUUUGUGAGCCAAAUUUAUUUUAUAUGCCAACAUCUAUGAAAGAAAAAGCCAGGCCACGGAGCGCGAUGCAUCCUUUACGCACAGAUGGUUCCAAUUUUAAUGCCAUUAUUGGAAUUUAUGUUGUGAUCUGUGCACACAACCCACCUUUGUCAUGUGAGGUUUGAAUAUAUGCAACUUUAUGUGAGUGUCUUUAUUUGUGGAAUAGGGUGUUUGUCUUACCAGUGGGUCCAACAUUACACACACCAAAUCCAUCUGUGCUUAUAUAAGACAGUGUGCAGGAUGCUCUGCAGCGCUUACAGUGACACUUGUUGAGGAGCUGACUUCUGUCACCAUCGUGUGGCAUUGCUGUCUCCAGACAUCUCUUGAUCUCAUUGUCUACUUCUACGCCUCGCCGGUGGUGGAUUUAAAGGUGAGGAGAGGAGCUUAUGUGAUUGGCGAAAACAGGUCUUGGCUGUGUUAAACCUACUCCACGUCUUUGCCCUCCCUCUCUACGACUUAUGCAGCUGGGAGGAGUUUUUGAGCUCUCCUCUACUGUAUAUUCCGCCCUGACCUGCAAGAGAAGAGAGUAAUGCACAUGAUGGGGUAUCAGACAUUAAUAUGAGCAGCACUGAUCAGGUGUUUAAUAGUUAAAACAUUUGGCCAGUAGAAACAAUCCAUUCACUGCUGUCAUCAUCAAGCUGCUGUUUGACUCAGACUAUUAAAUCAGCUUUGACUCUUUUCUUUAUCAGCUGAUGUGUGGUGACAGUUGUGUGAUUGGAGUCACAAAAAGUGCCUCCUGGGUAAAAAAAAAAAAAGAUAGAAAAAUACAAGUUUCCUAUUUUGGUGUUAAGGGACGCUCUUGGCGGCUCCUGAAGAAGUUAUCCUGGAUGAAUGACUUUUGUUGGUGCAGGAAGCAAACAUCCGGACCUACGUUCACUUUGUUCCUGUGGUCUGUGCAUGAGGAAACAUGACCCCCACACCAGAGAAACACAGCUGUACUGGUCAGUUAACUCUGCUGUUUGACUUAUUUCAUUUAUUAAAUUACAGUUUUGUCCUGUGUCUGACUGACUGCAUUGAAACAGACAGAGGCUGUGCUGAAAAUGAGUGUGGCAUACAGAUAGAGAAACAUGAUAUGGUGCUGGCUAACAGGACUGUACAUUUAAGGAAUCCUCUCAUACACAAACUUGAACUGUUACUCAAAAUUAUUGCGCUGUUUAAGCCAGAGUCUGACUGUCAUACUGCUCUCUGUCUAUGUUAUUAACAGAUGAAAGUUUAACAAACACGCUUGUGUGCUCCAAAUGUUUACAUGUUUUCUCUAUCCUGUAGAGUGGAGGAUGCAGUGCGCAUUCUUUCUAAAAGAAUGUCAAACUUUGAUUCAUUAGCCCACAGAGUGAUUUUCCUUUUCCCCUCAGUCCACCUUAAAUAGGCUAAGGUCCACAGAAGUCUCUGGUGUUUCUGGAUCAUGUUUCUAUCCGAUUUCCUCUUUGGAGGGUUCAGUUUUAACCUAAUUUGUGGAUGCAUUGAUCAACUUUGUUCAGAAACCAUGAUUUUUUAAAUGAUUUUGAGCCCUGAUACAGAGUCCUGUCUGUUUUUAUUACAGUGCUUCCUGAACAGAUUCUCUGAAUCUUUGAAUGAUAUCAUGUACUAUAGAUGAUGAAAUCCACUCAUUCUUUCACAUUUUACUUAGGAACAUUGUUCUGAAACUGUUGAACUAUUAACUUACACAGUCUUUCACAGAGUGGUAAACCUCUUCCCAUCUUUCUUUGUGGCAGACUCAGCCUCUCUGAAUGUCCUUUUUAAACCCAGUCAUUAGUUGGGAGCUGUUCCCCCAGCUGCUUUUUUUUUUUAGCAUUACAGAACUUUUUACUUGUUUGGUUGUUCCUCUAACAACUUUUUACUCAUUUGGAUGUUACUCCAACAACUUUUUACAACCAUUUUUAUAAGCAGAUAUUUUACAUCAAACAAUCACAUUUUUCAGUCUCAUCAUUUGAUUUGCUACUAUGCAACAUUUCCAGUUUUAAAAAAAAGACUUUACAUAAUUUGUCAAAGUUCUAUGUCAUUCAUUUUGGACACAGUUCCAGCUCUGAUGGAGUUAGGUUUAUAUUUGAACUUGUGUGUACCUGGAUGACUUGUGUGAGUCUUAUGCUCUAUGGAGAAGUUUGACUUGAAUAAGAGAAGUGGCACUCACUGCGGUUUGAGUGCUUCUCUGUUUCUGACUGUCAUUCACCCUUUGACGCAGUUUCUUUUACAUGCUCGGUCUUUAUUAUGGAGUCAGUGUAGGGAGCGGCUGAUAUGAAGAUUGUCAGAUGGAAAACGGAUUCAUUUCAUCAUCAUCAUCAUCAUCAUCAUCAGCUUGGUGGGUUUAAUCAGAAAUAAUGGUCCUCCAAUCCUCUGUGAAUUUCUUGGUAAUGGCUGCUUCAUCCAGCAGGAACACUGCUGAUAGACUGAGAGGGAGAGUUUUAAGAGAGUUCAAACUGCCUCAUCAAAGCAGGGGAACUGUGUUUAACAUAAAGUUUGGUCUGAGCUGGGAUGUCCUUUAUUUAUUAACAUGAAUUUAUCUAAGAUUACAGGAACAGAAACAGAUUGUGAUGAGUUAAAGGUCCAAACCCUGUGAUCUGAGUCUACAGCAUGUAAGCAGCCCUUCUGAGGCUUUAACCUGAGCCAACGCAAACCUCAGAAUGCUCAUGUUUACCUUGGAAUUACAACCUGACAUCAAUAAUUUUAACAUGCUGACCUCAGCCAGGUAAUAUAACUACUAUAACUACUUUUAACUCAAAAGAAGGGGGGAUCAUCAAAGUUCCGUGUCAUGGGUAUCUUCCACAUCUGUGAAGACUCUGUUAAUGCUGAACAAUACCUACAGGCUUAGGAGCAUGACUAUUUUUAUGACUUUUUUUUGACUUUUUCAGAGAAGACCUUCAAAAGUCAGCAGGACUAUGACAAAGUACACUCUGACAACAGGGAGUACAACAGUGUGGGUAGUAGUAGGUAGAGUCUCAAAAAUUUGGCUUAAAAAAAAAAAAGAGGUAAUAACAGUGAUAAUCAUGACCCUGUUAACUGAUUUUUACAAACAGUUUGCCUUUGCUCUGUUUGAAAAAUUAAAUAAGCAGGGGAGUUUAAAUGAUUCUCAAACCAUAGAUUAAUACCGUUUUUAUUUUAAUUUCAGACAGCUAUUAUGGAAUUGGAGUUGCACAUGUGAUAUCUUAAAGCCCCUCAGAGUGUAGUCAUGUACAUCACUCUGCAGAGUGGAGUUUAAAUGUUUCCACAGUCAGGUCUCAGGAUGAACCACAGGUUUCAGCUUAGGUGGGACUGACGGCAUCUGAGAGUACAAACAGGAACACAGCUGUGAAACUGAUCUCUGCACCACACAUUCAGGUCCAUAUAGACAUGCAGACAGCUGGAGGUAGAGAGACUGAGCUAUAACAACAGACAGGGACUCUGCUUUUAGCUCUGCUGUGAGCGCAGAUAAACACUGGUACUCUGUCUGAUAACAGUGUAUGACUCCUGAAUGGACCAAACUCAACAGAGGGUCAAACCAACAGUAACCAGGAUUUCUGAUAGUUCCUUAGCAGAUCAGAAUCAGACCUUGAAGGCUCGAGGUAAUGUGUGAAUUAAACAUAUCUGUGUGUGUUAAUUUCAGGGAGCGUCCAGUAAACCGACCUCCUGAGCUGCUGUACCCACAGGCAGAUGUAGCAGAGCGUCUGGCGCUUGGUGGCAGCGAUGACGCACUUGCCAAUGGCAUGAAGCCUGACCUGCAGGCCGCCAAAAGGCUCGCCAAACGACUCUACAACCUGGAUGGCUUCAGGAAGUCUGACGUGGCUCGACACCUGGGCAAGAAGUCAGUGUGUGUGUGUUUGUCUUUGUGUGUGUGUCCUGUUAGAGAUUGCGUGUAUUGAAUAACAUAAAAUACUAUGUUAUUCCUUAUACUUGAUUUAUUUAUUAACACAGUCUAUGGUUUCAUUUAAAUGAAUAUGUUGUAAGGUUUUGAACAGAUGCAGAUGACAAGGGCCACUCCUGUAUGUUGGCAUUUCCUUCUCACUUAGCCAGCCCUGUUACUCUGAGCAUUCUGCUAUUUCUCGUUUUCUCGUCAGUUCAGUUGAUGUCACUCUUUUAACAUCCCUCCGUAGUUUCUGUACAGUUCCUCCUCUAUUCUUCUCUUUUGUGCUGGUGACUGGUCAGGCAUUAUCCAGAAUCUGAAGUUGUCUUCAAAAGUUGACCUUGUUGUUAACUGACACUGUUGAAAGCUAAUGUUUUUGCCACAGUGUCAACAGGCUGAGGUGAAAUUAACCAGUGCUCUACAUGUGCUGUAACUCCUUUCUGUGGAUAGAUUUCAAAAAUAUGUGUGAUCAGGUUGUCCAUAGUUUUGUCUCUGCUAUCCAGAAUAAAUAACUGUUUUCUUAUUUCAGGACUUUGGGCAGAAAGACAGGUGAUAGUGAUAAUAACCUCCUUGUCUGUCUGUCUGUCUGUCUGCAGUAAUGAGUUCAGUCAGAUGGUGGCAGAGGAAUAUCUUAGUAACUUUGACUUCUCUGGUCUGACCAUCGAUCAGGCACUCAGGUGAGUUCUGUUUUCUUUUUGUUUAGUAAUCAACAACAUAAACAGGAUCAUAAAACCAUUAUUUUUAAUUUCCUUGAGGGAAUUAAUAAAAAUGUAUCUAAUCUAAUCUGUAAUUAGGAUUACUUAACUUUGCUCAAUGUCAAAGCGCUGCUGUUUAAAGCCUUACUUACACUUCUUUUCUGUUCUGUUCUUCUCUGUUGAUUGUUUGGCUCUAAAACACAGAGAUGAAUUCCUGGGAUUUGUAAAUUAAGCCAGGUUCUUGACGAUGAACUCCUGAGACUUAAAAUAAUAAUUCUCUAAAGUCCUUCUCAGACAGUCAGGUGAUGAACAGGUGUUUGUGUUUCCAGGAUGUUCCUCAGGAAGUUUGCUCUGAUGGGAGAAACUCAGGAGAGAGAGAGAGUCCUUGCCCAGUUCUCCAGGAGAUACAGACAGUGUAACCCUGAGCGGGAGACCACGGAAGGUAAAUACACCUGUCUGCACACCUGUCCACACUUGUCUGUCUGUAUACCUGUCUUUCUAAGAUACAGUGUAACCCCAAGGGGCCACUAAAGGUAAAUACACCUGUCUGUAAUCCUGUCUGUAUGCCUGUUCACAUCCCUGUCCAUCUGUACAUCUGUUUGUGAGUCGACAAUAACAUGUAAAUCCUUUACUUGGGAGGGAGCUUUUUCCUGGAAUAGACACACCUUUAGGGAGCAUUACCCAGACUGGACCCACCUGAGGGAGCAUGGAUCUGGACUGGUCCCACCUGAGAAAGCAUUAACCUGGACUGGACCCAUCUGAGGGGGCCUUAGGCUUGACUGGAUUCCCAUAAAGGAGCAUGGACCUGACCUGGACUGACUUGAGGGAGCAUGGGCCUUGACUGGACCCACAUAUAGGAAGCCUUUAUCUUGACUGGACCUACCUGCGGGAGUCUUUACCUGGACUGAACCCACCUGAAGAAGCAUUGGCCUGGAUUGGACCCAUAUGAGAGAGGAUGGACAUGGAUGGACCCACCUGAGGGAGCCUUAACCUGGACUGGACCUACUUUGGGGCAUUGAUCUGGAUUAGGCCCAUCUGAGUGUCGCUCAUGUGUUUGUAGCUAACACCUGUGUAGCUGUUAUUAUUGUGUGUCUCACCUGUCUGUCUCUUACUUUUGUGUCUCUUAGACAGUGUCCACACUCUGACAUGUGCUGUCAUGCUGCUGAACACUGAUCUCCAUGGAAACGUGAGUUGCAUCUCUGUUAAAUUGUUGUUGUUUGUUGAUCAGUUGGUUAAUGUUUGUUGAUCAGAUUUGUUAAGCAUUGUGUUGUUGUUGGUGUGUUUGUUGUUGUGGUUUGUUGAUCAGUUGGUUGAUGUUUGUUGAUCAGCUGAUUGCUGUUUUUGUUUGUUGAUUAGCUAAUUAUUAAUGUUUUUUUUCAAUCAAUUUGUUGUUGAUGUUUGUUGAUCAACCUAUUGUUGUCAUUGGCUAAUCAGCAGAUUGUUAUACUGUUUGAUGAUCAGUUUGUUGUUGACUAGUUUGUUGUUGUUUGUUGGUCAGCUGAAUGUUGUUGUUUGUUGAUCAGCUGACUGUUGUUGAUCAACUUAUUGUUGUUGGCUAAUCAGCAGAUUGUUAUACUGUUUGACGAUCAGUUCAUUGUUGUCUUGUUUGUUGAUCAGCUGACUGUUGAUGUUGUUUGUUAAACAACAAAAUGUUAUAGUAUGUUCACCAGCUUAUAUUUGUUUGUUUGUAGCUGGUUGAGGACUAUGUGCUAAAGUAAGGAGUGAGACUGAGACCAGCCUGUAAUUUUCAACCUGGGCUGGGUUGAGCAUGGGAUUUUUGAGCAUUGGUCUGACCUUUGCUUGCUUGAAUGCAGCAGAGAAAACACUAGUAGACAGAGAAAAGUUGAUGAUGGAUGUGUUACAACAGGGCUGAUUGUGGGCUUAAUCCCCUGCAGGAGAUAUGAGGGUACGGGAUCAAGCAGACAGGUUAUGGGCUUAGAGGCAAGCAGAAGCCUGGUGACUUUGCUCUCACUCAGUGGAGAGAAUGGGCUAAGUGAGGAAUCACUAGCUGUUUGCAGAAAGCUGCAUUGGUCAGGCUCAGAGAAUUGAUUACUGAUGGUGACAACCUUGUCAGUGAAGAACAAGGCAAACAUACCCAGGGUCAACAUAGUAGAGGGUUGUGUGUUUGAAGGAGAGAGUUAAAAGCAGAGAAGACUUUGCGUCCAUCAGUUGCAGCACAGAUCUUUGCAUGAUAAAAUGCCUUCUUAGCAGAUUUUAAAGCAGAGGUAAAUUAGAUGAGUUUAUGUAAUCUGUCAAGUCAGUGGAUUGUUUGUGUUUACUCCAUUUUCUCUCAGCCUCCCUGAGCCCAGCCCUUUGUUCUCUGAUCAUCUCAGUGAGCCAGGGACAGGGAUGAGUAUUUCAAGCGGGCUAGGACACCAGAGGGCAGAAUUUGUACAGAGAGGAGGUCAGUAAGGAACAGAAUGUGUCUGUAGCUUCAUUGGCAGAGAGUGUGAAGGACUCGUUACACGAAGUUAUAGCCGCUGAGACCUUGUCAGACAGCUUAGUUGGGUCAAGUGACAAAAUGUUUCUGCAGCAUCAUAUGAACUGAGUAGGAGGUUGAUGAUUUUCAGGUAAGCCAAGUGAAAACUGAUUAAGAAAUGGUCAGAGAGGUAAAGAAGAGCCACACUCAGAUUGUUGAGUGACUGACUGUUUAUUUUGACAGCUAAUUAACAACUUUUUGUUGAUCAGUUGUUAACCAAGAGUUUGUUGUUAUGUGUUGACCAACUGAUUGUUGUCAUUUGUUGAUUAGCCAAUUGUUGUUCAUAGUGUAGAACUGCUUGUAGAUCAGCUGAUUCUUGAACUUUUGUUGUUGAUAUAUUUUAAGCAUGAUAAGAAAUGACAAAGAUCUUUAAAGAGAUUUAACAAGACAUUUUAAAGUGGUUUACCUCCUGAGCUUUUAACCUUACAUCAUUCCUAUAUCAUGGAUGGGGUAUGCUCUGUUGCUAUGGUAACCAGCUCAGUGUUUACACUCACACUGUGCUGAAUGAUAUGAGUAACAUCUCAGUGUGAACAUCUCUCUGCCACUGAAGUCAUCACACUGAGAGCAACUUGUUUAAGGAAGAGGUGGCUGUUACCAUGGCAACAAGCUGUCCUAUCUCACUGAGCAACAGUCCUCCACAUUUCCUUUGUGUGUGUGUUGGUGUGUGUGAGUGAUAGAGAAAAAGUGAAACCAAGAGUAACAAGCAGAAGAAAGUCAGACUGUUAAUUUAUCAAUCUACACUGAGAUCUGUUUUAACUCUUGAUCUUCUGAGAAUAUAUUUUUAAAUCUUCUAACAUAUGUACACACAUCUGAAGAGACUGAAGCAGAGCUCCACUCACAAAAAGAGACGCAGGGAGAUUUCCUACUUUACAACUAUAAGCGCCGCCCUCGGAGCCCUGCUAUGCAGGCCACACUCGAAGGAGUAGAGAGGAUAAUCGCGCAACAAGCGUGUACGUUGAAUAAAAAACACAAUUUCACGGAACAAUGUAAGAUAUAUAUUUGCAAAAUAAUAGCUGAUUAAAAUGUGAAAUUUACUUGCUUAAUGUGACUUUCGCUCCUGAAUCUCAGAGCACAUCGUCUCCACAUCCAGGCUGUGUGACAUCACAUUCAUCUUCACACAGGUUUUCGGUUUUCCCAAAUCUGUGGUUAUGAUGCAUAUUUUGAGCGAUAAAAAAAUGUAACAUGGUUUAUUUAAAGUUACAAGAGCAUUAUAAUCUUUGAAUUUAAAUUACAAAAAAAAUACUAAAAUAAAAUAAAUUUAAAUUAAAUAUUUAUUAUUUAUUUUCCAAAUCCAUUGGGAGCCGCAGCUUAGGGAAGAAAGAGUCGCGGGUUGCCGACCCCUGGACUCGAUGAUGCACAACUGGAUCAGAGGAAUCCUGGUUCUGAUCCCAGCUAACUGGUCAUCAAACUGGAACCUGCUUUGCCUCACAUCUCAGCUAGUACCUGCAGGUCUCUAAACAUCUCUGCAAGUGUCUUUGGAUUUCUGCAAUUCUCUGCAGAUCUCUAGGUGUUUCUGGUUUCUACAGGUCUCUGUAGCUCUCAGGUGUCUGUAUAUCUCUUAAUUCUCUGCAGCUUUCUGGAGGUCUCUGAAGGUCUCAAGUCUCUGCUGGUCUCUUAGGUGUCUGUAGGUCUCUUCAGGUCCCUCAAAAAAGUCUCUGCAGGUCACUGUAGGUCUCUGUAGGGCUCUGCUGGUCCCCAUAGGUGUCAUAGGUCUCUGAAAGUGUCUCAGGUCUCUAUGGGUCUCUGUUGUUGUCUCAGUUCUCUGUAGGACAUGUAGGUCCCUAUAGGACUUCUCUACAGUUCCUUAUAUCUUUUUUAGGUCGCUGUAUAUCACUCAAGUCUCUGCAAGAGUCUGUAGGUCCCUUGAGGUUUCUCAGUUAUUGAAAGUCUAUAGGUCCCUAUUGGUCUCCAUAGGUCUCUGCUGGUCUCUAUGGGUCUAUUGUUGUUAACUCAGGUCUUUGUAGGUCUCUGCAGGUCCCUGUAAUUGUCUCAGGUCUCUGUUGGUCUCUCAGGUCUCUGUCUGUCUCUGUAAUUCUCUCAGGUCUGUUGGUCCCCUAAAGUUCUUGUAGGACUCUUCAGGCCUCUGUACCUGUCUAAGGUCUCUGUAGGUUUCUGUAGAAGUCUCAGGUCUUAAGAGAUCUUUGUCAGUCUCUGCAGGUAUCUUAGGUCUCUGUUUGUCGCUAAAGAUCUUUUCAGUCUCUACAGGUUUCUGCAGGUUUCUGUGUGUCUUGGCAGGUUUCUGUUAGUUUCUGUAGAUCUUUCAAAUCUCUGUUUGUCUCUGUAAAUCUUUCAGGUCUCUGCAGAUCUUUGUUGGUCUCUGUAGAUCUUUCAGGUCUCGACAAAUCUGUGUUGGUCUCUGUAGAUUUUCAGGUCUCUACAGAUCUUUGUUGGUCUCUGUAGAUUUUCAGGUCUCUACAGAUCUUUGUUGGUCUCUGUAGAUCUUUCAGGUCUCUACAGAUCUUUGUUGGUCUCUGUAGAUCUUUCAGGUCUCUACAGAUCUUUGUUGGUCUCCGUAGAUCUUGCAGGUCUCUACAGAUCUUUGUUGGUCUCCGUAGAUCUUUCAGGUCUCUACAGAUCUUUGUUGGUCUCUGUAGAUCUUUCAGGUCUCUACAGAUCUUUGUUGGUCUCUGUAGAUCUUUCAGGUCUCUACAGAUCUUUGUUGGUCUCCGUAGAUCUUGCAGGUCUCUACAGAUCUUUGUUGGUCUCCGUAGAUCUUUCAGGUCUCUACAGAUCUUUGUUGGUCUCUGUAGAUCUUUCAGGACUGUUGUUCUCUGUUUGUGUAGAACGUUGGAAAGAGGAUGUCCUGCAGUCAGUUCAUCUCCAAUCUGGAGGGUCUUAAUAAUGGAAAAGACUUCCCCAAAGACCUACUGAAGGUAAGACAUGUGCACACCCACACACACCCACACACACACACACACACACACACAGUUCUGUCAGAGGGAUCUUUGGCCUGUUUGUAUCUGGUGAAAAUAAAAGAGCCGAGGCAUUCAUUUCAUUUUUAUGACUGCCAGGCUGAUCUGUGUGUGUGUUUGUGUGUGUGUGUGUGUGUGUGUGUGUGUGUGUGUGUGUGUGUGUGUGUGUGUGUGUGUGUGUGUGUGUGUGUGUGUGUGUGUGCGUUAGUGUUUCUGUGCCAUCGGUGUGUGUGUAAUUUUCUGUUUCUCUGGUUUGAUGCUGCAGCUCUGAGUGUGUGUCUUACUGUGUUAUCUGUUUGUGUGUGUUUUCUGGUUUGAUGCUGCAGCUCUAAGUGUGUGUGUGUUGCUGUGUUAUCUGUUUGUGUGUUUUUCUUUGGUUCGAUGCUGCAGCUCUGAGUGUGUGGGCUGCAGAGAGUCGGUGACUGUUAAAUGUUGAAACAGGAGUUCUGUCAGCGUCUGUGUUUCGUCCUCCUGUGUGUGUCGGCUCAGUCUGAAUCUGCAGAAAAAGGAGGAGAGGUGGGUAAAGACAGUCUUAGGGAGUGGAUGAAACAUGAGUUCAGUCUAACACCCACCAGCUCUAACACUGACACUCUGAUCUGUUAGAUGUCAGGCACAGAGGAAGGACUCAGACUGUGGAGACAGUGGCAGUUACAAACUGUGGUCUUUAAUCCAAAAAGCAGGUCCAGUACACAGAUAAUCAAUCAGUAGAAGCAGAGGUGCAAGUCUGUGAGCCAAAGAUCCAAAAUGAGAACAGGCAGGAAAAUUCAAAUAUGAGGAGCUGGGCUAAACAAAGGCUAGAUGUUUCUACCUGUAUGAAUAGUGAUCAUAUGGCAGGCAUUGAGGGAACACCAGGGUUUAAAGGAAUAUUCCAGCCUAAAUUUAAGCCAUGGUCAAACACACAGUAACACUGAGUUAGACACCCCCUCUAGAGAUGAAUGUUGCGACUACUUGCUUCUGUAGUUAUACCAACUUUAGCAAUGACGGCACGAUAACAAUACACAGCAGUCUACGUCUCCAUGCGCAAACCUCAACCAAACAGCCACUCUAUAGCCACAAAUAAUGCUCAGAACAGCACCUAACUUCAACAACAGUGCAUAUAGGGUCCCAGCUAUAGCACUAGCCAUCUUUUUAGCUUUGCCUGGUUUCUUUAGCAGAGAGAAUAAACACAACUUACCCACUCUCCUCCAGCAGCCGAUUGUUUGUGGGGAAGCCCUGACAAGUUGAUCACCAAGUACAGCAGAGUUCCGUAGUUCAAGGAAGAACAUUUAUUUUCAUCUCUUUAUGGCAAUCAGAGUUAUUGUGUAUCUUGUAUGUGCACUGCAGACAAGGUAGUUCAUCUGCCUUAGUGUCUCGGUCUGAUUGCAUUUCUAGUCAAUCAGCUUACCAAAGGCAGACCUUUAGCCUUCUCUCCAAUAGCUACAGUGUGGCUGUCUGUCAGUCUAGUCAGCUGUGCCUCUGAUUUGUAACCAUAUUAAUUUAAAAAAGGACACAUUUAAUUCACUUGUAUAACAGUGUGAGCAGUCAGCACCCCGAUCUACCAAAACAAGGUUAUUGUCGCUCCAACGACUGGCUUUUUUAGAUUAAUGUGUAUGUGUUUUUAUGUUGUUUCUGUUGUUUGUGCAGCCUCUAGUGGACACCCAAAGAAUUGAAGUUUCUAGCAUUUUCUUAUUGGCUUUAGCCACAGACUGUAUAUAGAACAGACAGAGUCUGCCUCCUCGCUGGGUGAAGCCACUCUGAGAACAGCAUCCUCUGUUGACGGGCUGCAGUAUAGGUCAUAAAUCCCGCCUCCGCCAACAAAGCUUAUGGAGUUGUGGACAAACUUUAGAAAUUUAUUAUACAGAACAUAAAUUUUCUCCUCCCUGCUUGCGGUGUUGACAUGUAGUUACUGUCAGACUGGUUUGUGCUCAAGUCCUCUUUUUUCUGUGAAGCUCUGUUUUUAAAAGUUAUUAGGGGGUUAAUGUUUUCUUUGAUUGACACCUGAUACAGCCUAUUGGUGUCCAGGGAUUGCGUAGCUCAUCCGGGGGGUACACUGUAUGAGUGGAGUGUCAUCACAGCGACUCUCGGCGACUCUUCCGCUGAAUGCUCACAACGCUACUGCGCAAUGCUGGUUUCAAGAAAUGUAGAAGAAUCGCAGAAAUACCGAGAGCUUUUUGGCUUCAAAUCCGUAUACCGGCAGUAGGCGGAAACCAAGUUGUCUACAGUAUACACAGUCUAUGGCUUAGCUCUCAAGACCCUAGGUUGUUGCUUGGUCUUGUUCUGUCAUGUGAUAUCAUGUGACAUGGCAUCAAAUUUGGUAUCAACGAUACAUUUCUAAAACGUUGUUACAGAGGAACAACCAAACAGGUAAAACAAUGUGUAAGUUUAUCAAAUGGCUAAAGAAGAUCUCCAACUAAUGAGGUUAAUUUCCAACAGGUUAGUCACAUGACUGGGUAUGAAAAGGACAUUCAGAGAGUCUGAGUCUCUCAGAAAAAGAGAUGGGAAGAGGUUCAUCACUUUGUGAGAGACCGUGUGAGCUAAUAGUUCAGAAAAAUGUUCCUCAGUGUAGAACAUGAAAGAAUGAGUUCGACGUUUUAUCAUCUCCAGUAGAUAAUAUCAUUCAAAGAUUCAGAGAAUCUGAAGUAAUCUCUGUACAAAAGGGACAAGGACAAAAACCAGGACUGAUGGUCACUGCAUUAAAGACAGACAGGACUCUGUCUCUGCAUGGGCUCCAAAUCAAUUGAAUUUCCCUUCGGGGAUCAAUUUAGUUCUUCUUAUUUUUAAAUCACUUCCAAAAUUACACUGUUUGUUGCAAAAACACCAGAGACUCCUCUGGACCGUAGCCUGUGUAAAGUUCACUGAGGGGAUGUGGAAAACUGUCCUGUGGUUUGACCAAUCCCGAUCUGAUAUUCCUUUUGGAAAUCAUAAACACUGCAUCCUCUACUCUAAAGAAUCACCCAACAAGUUCUCAGCUCCCAGCUCUAAAUCCAGCAUCCCUGAUGGUAUGGGGAUCAAGCCAUCAUACCAAAAUGCUGAACAAUACAAACAGGUUUAGGAAGUGUGUGUGUGUGUGUGUGUGUGUGUGUGUGUGUGUGUGUGUGUGUGUGUGUGUGUGUGUGUGUGUGUGUGUGUGUGUGUGUGUGUGUGUGUGUGUGCAUCACUGGACAUCAUUGCUCGUGUGUCCGUGGUUUUAUUUCGCACCUCUUUGUCUUCUUUUUUAUAUUCAUACACCUGUAGAAAAAUCUGGUCACAAACCUACUCUGUGUGUUUGAGGGUUGUGUUGUUGUGUUGUUGGGUAUUUAUGUGUUUAUAUCUGAGUGUUAAUACCAUCAGAGCCUCAACUCAGAGUCACAGUGGUGUUUUCAACAAUUCCAGUCGUCAUUCUUCGUCUCUUGGCUGCGUUUAUAUUCAGCUCUGUGAGGCCUUUAUGACUGACAGCUCCAAAGAGAGCACGGGGCGGGCUUCAGCCGCCAUCCCUGCACCCUCAUUGGAUACUGCUGCAGGAGAAAAUGCGCAUUAAGAGAGCGAGGGAAAAAAGAGAGAGACAGGAGAGCAAGAAGGGAGGGCGAGUGAGCAACACUCCUCAACAGUUCAGAGUCUGAGCAGAGGAAGAGGAGAAGAAGAGAGGAAGAGGAGGAGUGAGUUCAUCUGACACAGGGAUUCUCCUGCAAGAGGAAAACGAUAACAAGCAGAAGAGCAAAGAGGAGGAGAAGAACCAGGGAGAAGUUAAAGAACGGGGAGACCAACAUCCCAGAGGUGGAGUAAAAGGGAUUCUGCCUUUUUGCCAGAGAGUGCAACAGGAGGAACUUGCUUCUUUUUCUCUCCUACAUCAGCCUUUAUUCUAUCUUUUCUCCCACUUCUCCGUCUUUUCUGACUCUGUACCCCUCCAUCAACUCUCCAUCACCCCUCCAUCCUCAGUCAGGGCUGGACGUGGUGUCUGAGGAGGAAGCUGACGUCAGUUUUGGGUUCUCUCUCUUUCUCUUUCUCUGUCUCUCUUUCUCUGUCUGCAUGUGUGGGUGUGCUCUCUCACCCAGCCUCCAUCCUCUCUCUCUCUCUUUGUUUUGGUGGGUGUUUUGGACCUGAGGUGGAGCUGAUGCUGCUGCUGGUGAUGAUGCACCUCCUCCGUCACUUGGCUUUAUUUGCAGUCCAGGGAUUUCUCCUCCACCGCCUCCCCCUCCUCCCCUGCAGCAGGAGGGUGCGUUCACCAGCUCUGAAGACACUUCAACAUUUUGGACAGCAGUAGGAGGAGAUCAGAGCUGAGGUUUGGAGGUUUUUACUCAAUAUUUGAGCCGUUUCUCUGCAGAAGUGUGAGUCUGUGAAUCGGCCCUCACAAACACACGCGCGUGCGCACACACACACACACACACACACACACACACACACACAAAAAAGGGAGUGACAGCUGGCUCCACUUUGACAUCAAAUUUAAAACUUGAAAUCUAAAUAACUUUCAUGAAUUAAAAAAUAUUUUGGUGGAGAUCUCAAACUGGACUGGAAUAAUUGUAUAGAAUUAACAGUGUCUGUUUUUUUAUGAUUUGUAAGUGAUACAAACACAGACUUAGUCUUUUGUUCAGACAGUGAUGGUGACAGUUAUUAUUCUUUGUUGAUAAUUUAGUUUGAGUUAGAUGAAGCUGCUGGAGUCCAUGUCUGCCUCAGUCUGAGUAUAUUCAACACACUUACCUUACAGCUCAGUCUGCUCUCUUAAUGUGUGUUCAACUGUUCUUAAGUUAACCACCUGAGCGAGCAAGUAAGUGUGAGAGUGAGAGAGUGAGUGAGCGAGUGAGCAGCCGGCUAAGGAUGGAGUGAAAAUCUGUUUUAUGCAUAAUGAAUAAAGUCUGAUCCAUAAUGCAGCAGGCUGAGAUCCAAAGAGGACAAUCCAUCCAGAACCAGCUGUCAGACACACACACACACACACACACACACACACACACACACACACACACACACACACACACACACACACACACCUCUAAUGGCUCUUAAAAUGGUGGUAUAGACCCCUACGACUAAAACCUGACCUCCAGAAUUAAGUGUGAUGAUACACCUGCUUAUGCGGAGCUGAUAUAAACAGAAAUCACAUCUCUUUAAAUUUGAGCCAGUAAAAACGGAAGUCAUACCAGUUUGUAGUGCAGCUGGUAUAAACAGGAUGAAUACCUUUUUGAAAUACAUCUGUUAUAAACUGGGCAAACCCUUGUUUAAGGUGGAGCGAGUAUAGACAGUUGGGACACCUGUUUGAAAAAAAAACUGAGUCAAACCUGUUUGAAGUAGAUCUGGUAGAGACCAGACCUACAUCUUUUUGAAAUGAAGCUGGUAUAAACAGAAGUCAAACCAGUUUGUAGAAGAGCUACUAAAACCAGGAGUCAUACCUGUUUUAAGUGGAGUUGGUAUAAACAGGAUGAACACCUGUUUGUAAUACAGUUUGUAUAAACAGGAGUCACUCCUGUUUAAGGUAGAGCUGGUAUAAAUAGGACUCACUUCUGAUUAAAUUGGAGCCAGUCUAAACAGGAGUCAAACCAGUUUCAAGUGGGGUUGGCAUAAAUAGCAGUCACAUCUGUUUCAAAUGCAGCUGAUACAAACAGGAGUCACACCUGUUUAAGUGCAGCUGGUAUAAAUAGGACUGAUCAUCCAGGGAACCUGCAGGUCGAACUUACAAAAAAACAACUGAAUCAGAUCCCUGCCGACUGUCGGAGUUUAGCUGUGAAUACCUUGAGCUCCUCCUUUCUCCUAAAAGUGGAAUCAUGAUAUUCAAUUUUCCCCACUUGGUCCACUAAAGGAAUAUUUUGUAUAUUUUUUGUUGACCUUGUUGAAGGUCAUCUUCUGAGGCUCUUCGGACUCGUCUUUCUCCAUCACCUGGGCUCCUUCUCUUCCCCGCUUGGACUCAGCUAUUCAGUCAACCUUUGUGAACUUUGUGAAAAACAGAAAUCCUCUUCCUCCUCCUCCUCCUCUGACCUCUCCAUCAUGAUUGGUGUAAACAGCAUCCACUCCACAGGCCGUAUGCGCUCCCGUUCACUCUGCUCUGUUAAAAGUGGGCGGGACUCAAGGGACACAGACCCGUUUAGGUAUCCCAGAGCCCCCCGGUCCCGCUCUCUCAAACCUUUGGCGUUCCCCGACUUGCUGGGAAAAACCCAGGAUGGCCAGCAGCACCCUCAAAGUCGCAAGAAGAAGGUAGAGGCAGCAAAUACACACCUACAACUGCACAACUAGACAGAAACACAACUAUAGUUCUACACAACUGAACUACUACACAACUUUAGAAGUAUACCACUGCACUACUAUUCAACUGUGAAAUUUACAACUACACGUCUAUCCUCUGACACAGUUAUAGCACUGCAAAACUACACUACUUUAUAGCUAUAGAAAUAUACAAGAGUACAACUAUACUACUACACAACUACACAUCUAUAGGCAUAACCCUGACCCUGAGGCUGAUAGGAAUGACCCUGUGUAUCAGUUGUUAUUGGGGUAUAGAAACAUGUCCACAACGUGUUUUAGCUCAGACAAAAGCGGGAGUCUGAGAAACCUUCAGAAUAAAAGCUUAUCAGGAAAACAAUAAGAUUUAUCAAAAAUAUUGAAAGCUUUCAGUCUGAGCAUCUUGAAUUUAUUUAUUUUUAUUCGUGUUUCACAUUUGAAAGAGUGAUGCAACACAUUUCAGCCCACGAACUAUAGCCAAGAUUACAUCGAGGGAAUAGUUCUUUUUGCACUUUUUGCAAGUAACUUUCAGAUUUAAUGAGAUGAAGGUCAGGGGGGUCCAGUACCAGGAACUUUAGAUUCAAAAAUUUAAUUCCUCUAUUUGAAUAAUCCACACAGACAGAGCCCUCAAAGAACCACCACCAUUUACAUCCAGAGUUCCUGCAACUUCAAAUUCACGGGAAGCUUUUCAACAGUGACACUGACGAGGUUCCUCCAGUCAGUGUUAACAUCAAGGUCUGUUCACCUGAAGAUCCAAAAUACACCUAAGGAGAGAAACUGUUAGAGGAGGGUCCUAAACCCUUCAGAGGACCCUGAACUUUGCACUAGUCCUUAAACCUUUGAGAAGAUCCUGAACAUUUUUGCAGACCCUGAACCUUAAACUAGAAACUGGACCUUUAAACAGACCCUGACCUUUUCAUAAGACCCUGAACCUUUUAAAGACACUUGUCUGUUUUCUUUGUGUUUUCUUUGUGUUUAUGUGUUUGUUGUUGGUCAGACACUUCAGUGGCCUUUUAUCAGGUAUCAGCAGGUUUUCUAAAUCCAUCUUUAGGUCUUCUCUUUAUUCAGGAGUUUAGAUGUUUGUGUGACAGAAUUUCAAAUGUUUUUUUUACUGACACUCAAUAACAGGCCAGAGAGGACAAGCCAAAGAUCCAUGACUAAACACAACCUGCCUCAUACACGAACAAAUGCAAACACACACUAAUAUACACACUUACAUAAACUGCAUAUAAAUACUGCCUGACAUGUAUCUGUGUGUGUGUGUGUGUGUGUGUUUGCAGACUCUGUACAGCUCCAUCAAGAAUGAGAAGCUCCAGUGGACCAUGUGAGUUUAUGAGCAAUACACACUACCUACAAACAUCUACACCGUGUGUGUGCGCUUGUGUAUGUGUGUAUAUCAUUAAAUGUGUAUAAAUUUUUGUGUGUCUAAGUUUCUGUGUUACAGUGUCUGCACAUCUCUGUGUUUAAGUUUGUGUGAGAGUGAGAGUGUGAGAGUGUGUCUCUGAGUGAGUGUGUGUGUCCCUGCUGCCCUGACUCCCUUAUUUAAGCCUCCGUUGCCAUGGUAACUGCUCCCUGCUUUCCUUCCUGGCUGUAAUUACAGGUCAGCAUCCCAACGCCCAUGCUAAACCAUAGACGCACACACACUCAAACACAGCGGCGUGUUUGUGUGUUGUUCUAUGUUCAGUGAGUUGUCUCUGGCCCUGAUGGAGGUUUCUCUCUUGGAGCUGUUGAAGUGUUCUGAUUAGGAGAAAAUGACAGCACACAGAGAUUAAGUUAAAGAUAAAGAUGAAGAUGUGGAUGAAGAUGCAGGAGAGAUCAUUUAUUUAAUACCUGAUCAUUAAAGUCACUGUACUGCCUAUGCCAAAGCUUUGAGUAUAUCUUACUGUGGGUCAAGUUGUUUUCUUUGACUGUUUCUGUACCUGACUGUAGUAUUUUAAUUAUUUAAAAACGGUUCUGAUGAUUUCUGAUGAUUAAUCAUUCAGUUAUGAAGGUAGCUCUUUGUUUUGAAGAAAAAUGAUCCAUCAUCAUUCAAACCCAAUGAAGACUAUCUGAAAUGGAUGAUGGACUCACUUGUGUCCUCUUUACCUACAGUGAUGAGGAGGAGCUUAGAAAGUCCAUGUCAGAGCUAGCUGAUGUUCGAACAGACUCAGCCUCCCACACCAUGAAACGGCUGGGCAGUGGAGGAAACCCACUGGUGGGUGCGGCUCAGCAGGCUGAUGGUGAGCUGUACAAGAGCGGCUUCCUGGUUCGAAAAGUCCACGCCGACCCCGACGGAAAGCGAAGUAUGCCAGGCUGAGUUUUACUCUAAUUUUAUUCGACCAAUCUUAGAUAUUUGUUAACACACACCAAAGUUUUCAGAGAUUAUUUGUCAGAAAUCUCUGCGUUUAUGAAGUUGGUCAUCUCAAAUCAAAACAACAGAGAAAUCUUUAAUCAAUGUUUGAUCUUAGACACAUCACGUUUUAUAAAAUUUUCAAUUGAAGUCAGAAUUUUUUAUCCUAAAUCUUUCUAAGGACUUAACUGUGUGAUAGCAUGGUAUACAAUUUCCCAUAAUACCUUGUUUCUCUCAGCUCCACGGGGAAAAAGGGGGUGGAAAUCUUUCUAUGCCAUGCUGAAAGGGAUGGUGCUCUACCUGCAGAAGGUAAACAUCUUGACUACAUUACCCAGCAGCCUCUCUGCAUCAUUAAUUUAGACUGGGGAAAAAAGUGAUUUUAUCCCUUCAGAAAUAUCAAAUCUUUUCAGGUCUUUGAAGCCUGAAAAACUUGUGUUUCUCCAAAUAAAGCUCUUCUCUGAUUGGUUGGCAGGAUGAGUACCGUGCAGAGCGAGAGCUAACAGAGGAAGAUGUCAAGAACGCUGUGUCCGUCCAUCACUCUCUGGCCAUGAGAGCCGCAGAUUACAGCAAGAGACCAAACGUCUUCUACCUGAGGACAGCCGACUGGAGGGUGUUUCUCUUCCAGGCAGCGUAAGAUCAGCAACUCAGCUCACAGCCUCUCUAAACUGUAACCGAAGAACAAUUACAGUUAUAAGAAAUGUAAAAAAUAUUAGCUCAGCUCACAGCCUCUCUUUGCUUUAAUCAGGUUUGAUAUAUAUUUAAAAUUCUUUUUUAGGUUCAGCCCAGUUUACAGCCUCUAUACAAAAACUAGAAAACCUUUUAAAAAAUCCUAUUUAUCAAAAGAAUCAGCUUAGCUCACUGCCGUACAUACAUAAAUUUUUUGUCACACUAAAGCUCACAACCUCUCUAAACUAUCAAUAUUUGUAAAAAAUAUAUUUUAUAUAAUGAAUCUGCUAAGCUCACAGCCUUUCCAAAUAUUAAACAAACUAUCAUUUCAACUAUUUUUACAUGAAAAAAUCUGCUGAACUCACAUCCUUCUGACAAUUUGAGCAAUUUUUAUGUUUAUCAUAAACUUAGGUCAAAACCAAAACACUCUUAUAAAAGUUUUACUCAUCAAAUAAUUAUCAUUAUGUAAAUUAAGGAUCAGCUUAACUCACAGUCUCUAUAUAUUUAAAUCAAAACAUCAUUAUUGCUACUAUUCAAACACACUCAGCUCACAAUCUCUCUGUACUAAUAUCAGAUUAUUAUAUUAUCGCUGUCCAAACUGUAAUAAAAUCAUUAUAUUUCAUAAUAGUUUUUAUAAAGCAAUGGCUCAGCUCUUAGCCCCAAUAGUGUUUGGCUGUAGAUAUUUGAAAUUUUCACUCAGGUGCAAUUCUCUCACCUUUACCUGCAGUAAUCCUGAACAGAUGCAGUCCUGGAUCACACGUAUCAACGUGGUGGCAGCCAUGUUUUCUGCUCCACCGUUCCCUGCGGCAAUCGGCUCCCAGAAGAGAUUCAGCCGUCCUCUGCUGCCAGGCUCAAACACCAAACUGUCCCAGGUAAAUAUCCUGAUCCAGGAGUUCUUCACACUCAGUCCAUCAAUACUUGUAUUCAACAGUUUGGUCUUUUCCUGCCUGAGCGGUCAUCAGCUGAGUGACAGGAGUCACCUCAGCUCACACAGUCUAACUCUUUCAACUAUCCCAACAGGAGGAGCAGGUCAAAUCGCAUGAGAACCGGUUCAGGGCUGUUUCCUCAGAGCUAGCCGAUCUCACUGCCCAGUCACCUGACCAUAAGAUCAAAGGACGUGAGCUGGAGGAGCACAAACUGAGACAAGAAUACCUCGAGUUUGAGGUGAGGUUCUCUGAAAAUUCUUCACUCAAAGAAAAAUUAUCCCUCUCAUCGGACAUUAUUGUUUUUAUUGAUAUUACUAGUAGUAGUAAUAACAGGCCCUAAACCUUUCAAAUAUAGUCGUAGUUGUAUCAAUUGUAUUAUUCAAAAGGGACUCAAAUCUCUACUGUCAGUGAUAUCAUGAGGUCCUGUUCCUGUCUAAUGUAGGAUUUCAGCUGCUCAACAGUUCAGGAUAUCCUUAUUUUUCAUGUUGUGGUGCUCCAUGUGUCCAAGUCAGGUGGCUUCUUGACUUUAAUGUGGCUCCUUUGCAGAAUAUCAGAUUCUGACUUCUCAGCCCACAGGACAAUCAUCCUCUUCCCCUCAGUCCAUCUUAACCAGGGUUAGGUCCAGAGAAGUCUCAGGCGUUUCUGGUUUACUCUUUUCAUGCCUCAGUUUUAACUCCUGUGUUGAUGCAGUGACGUUCUGUGUUUAUACAGACAAUGUUUUUUUUAAGUGAUUGGAGCCCAUGCAGUGAUUUCCAAUACAGAGUCCUGUCUGUUUUUAAUGCAGUGCUGCCUGAGGGCCUGAAGACCAAGACCAUCAGUCUUGGUUUUGGUUCUUGUCCCUUUUAUACAAAGUUUUUUUUAUGUCUGUGAGUCUUUGAAUCAUAUGAUGUACUGUACAUGAUGAAAUCCACUCAUUUUUUCACGGUUUACACUCUGGAACAUUAUUCUAAAACUGUUGAACUGUUAGCUCACACAGUCGCUCACAGAGUGGCAGUCGUGAUCUGAGAUUUUAUUUUAAAUAAAGUCAAACUAAAGAAUAUUAAACAAUAAGCAGGACAAAGAUGAAAUUGUUCUGUAAAUCCAGCACGUUAUAUCAGAUAUAUUUAUAUUCAUCACAUAGCGAUGAUCAACAUGCAUUGACACAAACACAACCACAAAUAAAUACAGAUAAAUAUGUACGAAACAGCACCAGCAGUGUCUCCCUGAAGCUGAAAUUAGGUCUUCUGAUAUGUGGUAAUAAAUUCCUCUAUCAUCAUAUUGUGUACUCAAGUGGUCUGUGUGAUGGUGUGUGAACAUGUUUCCAUCUGUCACUUUGCAAACACACUUCACACUAAAACACACUCUCACUUCCUCUGUGCUCACUCUGAAGUCCAACUUCACACUGAGCUGAUAGAACACAGCAGACGGAGCAGCUCCCAGUAUCUGUCUCUAUUAUUAUUAUUAUUAUUAUUAUUAUUAUUAUUAUUAUUAUUAUUGUUAUUAUUUUUGUUGUUGUUGUUGUUGUUGUUGUUAUUAUCAUUUUAAUUAUUUGUUAAGGUCAGUUAAAAACAUAGACAGGAAGCUAGAUGUAAAUUUUGCUUUCUGUAGACAAAGAUUUAACAUUAAAUUGGACUCAAAAGUACCAGACAGAUUUAUAUAUGUUGUGUAUAUAUGCUUAUAUAUUAAAUUUUCUGGUUGUUCAGGUGUUUAAACUCCCAUCAUUUUUUUCUAUGUCCACCCUCUCAGAAAACUCGCUAUGGUACAUACGCCAUGCUGCUUCGGGCCAAGUUAUCAAAUGGUGACGAGGACCUAGCAGCUUUUGAGUCGCGGCUGUUUGAUGAUGGCGGCCUGCAGAGGGCGCACUCCAGCCCCACGCUGCCUCAGGAUGUUGCCAACAAGGAGAAGACUCGUGGGACCAAGACAUCCAAAAGCUUGAAGGUCACAUCGUCCUCAACCUCGUCCUCGACCUCAAAGAGCAGCAGCUAUAAAGAAAAGGGCAAGAAGAACGGUGGCGGAAACAGCCAGCAGGGGGAGCUACAGAAACAGAGCAGCAAACAGGAGGCAGCGCCGUAA